AUGCCUAGUGAUGGUUCAAGAAAGGAUCCGGUAAGGAAUUACUCACAUUUGGAGAAUCCGAAAGAUACAAAUGCCGUCACUUGUAACUUUUGUGCAAAAGUUACAAAAGGAGGUAUUUAUUGGGCUAAACAACACUUAGUUGGAGGGUAUAGAAAUGUGAGUGCAUGCACAAGAUGCCCAUCUAGUGUUAGAGAAGAAAUCAAAGAGUACAUGAGUAAGAAAAAGGAAGAAAAAGAGCAAAUGAAUUUGUUACUUAGUGAUGAAAUUAAUUUCAUUGAUGGAAAGGAUGAGGAUGACGUUAUGGAAGUUAACAAUCGGGGAAAAAGGGUAGCUAGUGCAGCAAAUGUCGUCCAAGUUGUCACAAAUAGUGAAUCAAGCAAUAAGUAUGCCGGGAGGAUGUUAGAGAAAGAACACCCAUAUUUGUAUUGGACACCAUGUGCUGCUUAUUACUUAGACUUGAUGUUGGAAGAUGUUGGGAAAAUACCGUCUUUCUCUAGAACAAUGCAGAGGGCAGUGGAGUUGAAUAGUUAUAUUUAUAUGCGUCCAAAGUUGUUGAAUAUUAUGAGGAACUUUACUCAUAAAAAAGAGUUGCUUAGGCCCGCUAAGACUCGAUUUGCUACAUGUUUCAUCACAUUAUCAAGUAUUCACAAGCAAAAGAAUAACUUGAGAAAGAUGUUUACUUCAGAAGAAUGGAAUCGUAGUAAAUGGGCCAAAGACCUUAAGGUUUCCGGUCCUCUUAUUCCAGUUUUGAGAUUAGUUGAUGGCGAGAAAAAGCCUCCCAUGGGAUACAUUUAUGCGGCUAUGGAUAGGGCUAAAGAAGCCAUUGCAAAAUCAUUUGGGGGAGUAGAAGAUAAAUACUCAGAUAUUUUUGAAAUAAUUGAUAAGAGGUGGAAUGUUCAAUUUCAUCGCCCUUUGCAUGCAGUAGGUUAA